AUGCAAGUUUCAGUAGCCGCCCUCGCACUGGUCGCCAGCGUUACCUUGGCUGGCAAGCAAUGCCUUUCUGUUGGAUCUGAUUGCCACCGCACUCUGCCGUGCUGCCCCGGACUUCGCUGCAUUGGCACUGGUAACAAAACUUGUCGCAAUGUUUUUGCUAUACUUCGACCGUUGUAUGGAGUUCUCCCCUGGGAGUUUAAGCUCGGCCGGUCAACAGCGGGUCUGAUACAUGGAAUCCCAAAGUCAUACAAAUAA